UGGGAUGCUAGGAGGCUGUUCCCUUCAUGCCCAGUGAAGUUCCGUUCAGUUCAGUGUGACUGUCAGUUUCAACUUCCUUCCUGCCUUUUGUGCACUGCACACACACACACACACACACACAGAGAGAGAGACAGACGCCGAGGCGAGGACUCGAUGCCCAAAAACCGCACCGGAGCGCACGAGCUCGCGCUAGCAGUCACCCCGCACACACACACACACACACACACACACACUCCGCAUUACACCCCGAGGCUCCGCUCCUGUCUCCCGAGCCGAAGUCAAGCUGCUGGAGCGCUUUUUCUCCUCUCGGUUGUUCAACUUUUCGGGACGCGCUUUGAUUGGACGCAGACCGGCGGCGGUUAGCAACCGAACGGGUUUACACCUCGGCCAAACAACAACACGACGAGGUGUUUUGAGGUGGAUCUAAUUCAUUACCACGUUGUUUUGGAGUUGGUGCCCAGUUUGCACAGAUACAUGUAUCAGGGGUGCACAGAAGAAGUGAAUGACGGACCCGAGCUGGGAUUAUCUUGUGUUGUCCACAAAUCUGCCUUCUUUAACCCUGACCACAUGAUGGUUGGCUCCACAGGCCAGAGGGAUAUCGAUGACUAGACCUAAAUGGGAGGGCUUAUGGACAAAGCCAGCCUUCUAUUAUGGCUGCUUAUGCCCUGAACUGCCUACUCACAAUGAACCCUAAUAACCUAACUGAUAAGAGCAGCCCUAGGACUGCAAGGCCUGUUCUUCCAGUGCCAGACCGAUCCACCUACAGCCCACUGCUAGGACGGAAUAGUGGUCCAUAUAGCCCUACUAGCUUGAGUCCCAGCUCUUCCACCAUGUCUUUUGUCUUUGUCUCUGGUGUGACCAGCACUAACAACUCCAGGACGCGCUCACCUUGUCGCCCGCCUGACCUGCUGGGGGUGAAUGUGGGCACUCGUGUGCGCAGGCUUAGCGGAACAGACCCAGAGGAAGAGCAGGAAGAGGAAGAGCGGCGAGCUGCUCAGCAGCUCCUGCGCAGCAGGGAGCUCCAGAAUGUUGAGGUCAACAAGAAGGUGGACCUGUUCGAGGCACAUAUUUCUGCUCAGGCACAGAGCAGGGAGCUCCAGCGCAGCCCUCGGCUUUCCCGGAAACAGGGCCCUCAGAUACCUCAAGAAGUCAAGAGCAGCUCUGUCCCUGAUUUAAACUUUACGGAUGUCUGUAGCAUCCCUCAGGAGCUGCAGAACGGAAAGAACUCACGAAGUCUGGAACGGCAUGAAGAAAAAAACCAUUCUAUUAAUACAAAUAUGGAAGACGAUAGCUUGCAGGGAAACAAUAGGUCAGUCAACAGCGUCACUAUAUCACAAGGCACUAGCAAUGACUUGACUGCCACUAUGCAAUCAGGGACAACUACGAACGGAGCUCAAGGAACAGGAGCUCAGGUUCAGGCGGACACUGAGGAGAGGGCUGCCAUCCCGGCGGUCAUAGUGACAGACCAUGGAAUAGAGUCUGGCGGAGAGGGUCAGGAACCACAGGUCGGCCCACCGUCAUUUAAAGCACUGCGCAAACUCUCGUCCUCAUCUGCUUCUUCUACCGGCUUUUCAUCGCUGGAAGAAUCAGAGGAGGACCUUUCCAGCGACCCAGAACGAACACCAGCAUUCCUCCAGCCGCAGCAGAAAGCACAUAAAUCAUGGAAGAAGAUCAAGAACAUGGUACAAUGGUCACCUUUUUUAAUGUCCUUUAAAAAGAAGUACCCUUGGAUCCAGUUGGCAGGCCAUGCAGGUAAUUUUAAGGCUGGUGCAUAUGGGUGCAUCUUAAAAAAGCACUGUGAGUGUGAGCAGCGCUGCCUGAUUCAGUUGAUGAACGACGUGCUUAAGCCGUACGUCCCGGCCUACCAUGGAGACGUGGAGAAGGAUGGUGAGAAGUACAAUCAGAUGGAAGAUCUGCUAGCGGAGUUUGAAACGCCCUGCGUCAUGGAUUGCAAGAUGGGUGUCAGGACGUAUCUGGAGGAAGAGUUAACAAAAGCCAGGAAGAAGCCCACUCUGAGGGCUGAUAUGUACCAGAAGAUGAUUGAAGUGGACCCAAACGCUCCAACACCAGAGGAAACUGAGCAGAAAGCCGUUACCAAACCGCGCUACAUGCAGUGGAGAGAGACAAUCAGCUCUACAGCAACGCUGGGAUUUCGCAUUGAAGGCAUCAAGCAGGAAGAUGGGACUGUAAACAGAGACUUUAAAAAGACCAGGACUCGGGAACAACUGACUGAGUCCUUCCAGGAUUUUUUCAAAGGAAACAGGAAUAUCCUGAUGAAAUAUCUCAGCCGGCUACAGGAGAUCAAGGAAACUCUGGAAAAAUCACCCUUUUUCCAGACGCAUGAGGUGAUCGGAAGCUCUCUUCUUUUUGUCCACGACAAGCACGAAAGAGCAAAAGUGUGGAUGAUAGACUUCGGAAAAACCACGCCACUUCCUGAAGGCAAAGUCCUGAACCACCGUAACCCCUGGGUAGAGGGCAACCGUGAGGAUGGCUACCUCUACGGCCUCGACCACCUCAUAGACAUUCUCAACAACAUGGCAAAGCCGAUGUAAAGACGAGGAUACGGCUUGUAUUUCAAUUUUGUUUUUAAUCUGAAUCCCUAUUUCACCUUCUCAUUAGCUUAAUUCUAUACUCAAUCAGCACUUAAGCUAUAAUAACAUAAACAGUCUGAUUUCACACAUUUUACAUUACAACUACACUGAUCAUUCAGUACCUCAAGAAGACUUAGAAGUCAUUGUGUUAAAAGAAACAGAUUUGUAACACAGGUCAUGUCCUCGUCCUCUUCCUGGAGUUCUCUUUAUUCUGUCCUGGCUAGAUCACUCGCACUACAAUACAGGACCUGCCUGGGUUACCACAGAAAGCUACCGCAAUAUACACACAGAAAGAAAAACACACACUGUUAGCCAAACAGAAGGGCUCUCUUUGCUGUGUGUAUUUGUAUGUAUGUAUGUAAAGAUGCAGAGGCUGUACAUAUAGUAUGUAUACAUGUAUAGUAUAUAUAGUGUAGAGAUUGUACAGUGUAAUGUUAAUGGAUGCCACUUACAGCUUAUGUCAGAUUCGCUAGCGUUACAAUGUCACUUGCUCGUGCCUUCAACUCACAGAUGGGACUUAAGUCAAUAACUUAUCUUCAUUAUGGAAAAAACAAAAGAAGAAACAGAUCACAUUUGCAUAAUUGAAAUUAUUUCUGAAUUUGUUGUGCAGGGUUUUUUUUUCUCGAAUCUAAACUUUGUAGGUUUACAAUUACAUUUAUAUUUAAUUUGUUUUAUAUUUGGGAUGUUUAGUGAUGUGGAUGUUGUGGUGAUAUAAUAUUUAUUAUAAUGUAGUGCCUAUCUGUAAUAACUGACAAUUGUUUUAUUGUUAUGUUGUGCCUUUGGUAAUUUAUUCUGAUUAUUCUGAUUAUUAUUAUUAUUAUUAUUAUUAUUAUUUUUAAAGAUUGUAACAGGCCCAAAUCUCAGCAAUAACUUUACUGGAAUUGCACAAUUGUGCUGUAUAAGAGGUGAGGUUAUGCUAAGCUAAGCUAAUACUGGCUUUGUGAAAGUAGCUGGUUUUUCUAAAAAUGUAACUCACUGUGAAAGUCAAGCUAAAGGUUUUUGACAUUAAUGGCUCAUUACUAUAAGAUACUGUAAGUGCUGACUUAAUUUAUUACCAGGGUUAGUCCAUCUUCAGCUGUUAGACAGCUGUUUAGCUUGUUAUAAAACUACUAGCAAAAUGAUACCUGUGAAAACCCAGUUGCAAUCCUUCAACCCAUCUGUAGUGUUUACUUCCACAUUAACUGAUACAGCUCAAUAGUUUUUCAUCCUAGGGGAUUGUUAAUUUAAAAUUUAUUUUUUAAAUCUGUUCUUUCCUCCAAAAGUAUUUGAACUCCAUAAGACUGGAACAUAAACCCCAAAUAACAUGAGAGGUUUUUAAGUCUAGAACAGAAUACUUGUCUAGAGUACUGUAGCAGAUAAACACGCAGUUUGGAUUACAGGCUAGCUAGCUAGUUUAGUGGAGGUAGGUGCACAGGUAAAAGUUGUCCAAUUUGCCUGCUGAGUUUCUGGUAAAAUGGUGUGUACUAGUUGAAACUUAUAAAACAUUAGCACAACAAACACAUCUUUGAUAUUUCUAAUAAACAAAUGCAACAAAA